GCAGUUCAUUUGGGCGCACUACGGGGGCCGAAAAGGGAAGAAAUGUGGGCGAGGGCGGUGUGGCUGGCUCUUCGGGUCCCGCUGGGCGGGCGCCGGGGCUUCACCUGCCAGGCGGAUUCUCAGGGAAGCGGGCGGAUCACGGCCUACGUGAUUGAGCACCUGGAACGUCUAGCGCUGGUGGACUUCGGCAGCCGCGAGGCGGUGGUGCGGCUGGAGAAAGCCGUCGCCUUCGCUGACCGGCUCCGCGCUGUGGACACUGACGGGGUAGAGCCCAUGGAGUCGGUACUGGAGGACAGUUGGAUACAAUGCCUUCAUUUAUUUCUAUGUGGUGCAGAGGAUCAAACCCAGGGUCUUGCAUGCGCUAGAUGUCUGUACUUGAGAUCCGACAACAUAGCAGAAGGCAACUGUGCUGAAGAACUACUGCAAAACUCCCAUCAUGUGGUGGAAGAGUAUUUUGUGGCCCCCCCAGGUAAUAUCUCUUUGCCACAGCUGGGUGAACAACUGCCCUUCCCAACAGACUCGAGUAGUCAUUCUGGAAAGGGGAUACCCCAUGAGCAUGUGGAAGAGCAAUGAUGGUAUUUUGUUACUGUGAACCCUAUCGUUCCCACUUUUUUAAUCACCUGAAAAAAAUGGAUGUUUAAGCAUUUCUUAGUAUCUGACUCUUCUGAAGACAGAACUGGAAAAAAUCUGGCCAAAACAAGGCACUGAAUUCCUGAUGGUAAAGAACAAGUCAGCUUCCAAGGAAAUCAAUCUUGUACUUGCUUGCAGACCUGUUCAGUAUGGAAAACAUUAUUUCCUCCUAAAAAACUGUCUACCAAACUAUAUAAGUGAACUUGUAUAUAUAUAUAUAUAUAUAUAUAUAUAUAAAAACUCUGGUAGAAUAUUAAUAAAAAUCUGAUAGACAGUAUCUGA